AUGUGGACUCUUGCAAGACGAACCGGAAGUGUGUCUUACCGUCGUUUGACUAAUAGACUGUAUAGCACUCACAAUUCUGGUAAUUCUGGUAAUGCUUCUGCGGCUCAAAAAUCCAGAUUCGACAAAAGCAUGCUGAAGCCAGCGCUAAUCGUUGUUCUCUUCGGCUCGAUGCUCACAAGUGUGAUGGAGCAGCAGAAGAAGAAUGCAGAAUUGGAAAGGCGCUACGCCUUGAAAAUCGGAAUUCUCAAAGACCUUAUGGUCAAAGUGCAGAAUAACGAGGUGGUCGACAUUGGCGAGGAACUGGCGCUCGUGAACAAACUGUUCGACCGGUUUGAGCAGUCCAAGUACGUUCUCCUUGAAGAGGAAGCGUCCAAGAUACGGGAACACAACGAAAAAGCUGGCAUCCUUACUCACGAGCAGAUGACGAGCAGACUCAAUGGCGGGAAAAGUGUCGAUGACGAUGCAUCGCUGCGAGACCUCUUCCGAGAUAUCAUGAAAGACGUUGACGACGACGGAAAGACGCUUGGAUCCACUCCUGCUACUCUUGAAACGAGCGCAGACGCAAAUAUACCUGUUCAAAAGACCAAGAGUAGUCCGGUACCGGCUCUUGGAGAAUCAGGAAUCCAUACUGAUUCUGACUUCUUGACCCAGAACGCUCAAAACGAAAAGGAAAGGCUCAAAUUUAAACCUGCAACUGAUUCUCAUGUUAUAGUAGAAACACCGGGCGACUACAGCACCUCUGCAGAAGAUCGGGAAGUGUCCAGAUUCUUGUGA